CCAGAGUGGGGAGAGCCAGUCUUCAGGAGAGGGGCGCCGCUGUGCCGCUGAGCCGAGAUGUGAAAGUAUGCUCCCAACCCAAGUACACCGUAGUUGUCUUCCAAGCCACCAGCUGUAAAAUCAUUCAAGGAUCGAAAAUGGCGAUACGCCUUUGAAAACAGGUCAAUAGUUCCCUUCAUGCCGCCCCGUUUCGUUUCACGCCUUCUCCGCGGUUUUCCCAAGAGCUUUCCGCGAGGUCAGACGAAUAACUUACGUGGAUACGUUUUCUGUGUUUGCCCGGUGUGAUGUGGAGUCAGAUCGAGCCUGGAUUCUGCUCUUGACGACAGUGUAGUGCGCGUACAGGUGGUUUGUUAUUAUUUCUCUAAGCACAGUUAGACCAGUGCUCAUUUUGAAUUCGCCGUUUCAGUUCCCUGACGUACCUCCGCUGUUUUAUAUAAUUACUCGGUCAAGUGUUAGCUAAAUCUACGAUUAGAAUGGUGACAGGGGAAUGAAAGAUACGCAUCUGUGCGUGAUCGGGUGUUAAAUCCCUCGGGAGUGUGCGUGUUUACUGUGUACAUCAUUGUGGAAUAGUGCGCCUGGAAGUUAUACUCAUUUGAUGUUGCUGGUGCGGUCCCAGAUCUGCAAUAUAUCCAAUGGUGACUUGAACCCCCGAGAAGGAAAGUGUUAGUCUGAGUGUUCGGUAUCGGCGGAUCAUCCCUCCUAAAUUGGAUUAACUCAAGGGAUGAGAUCAUGUUAUGAAUCAAUCAAGGAGUGGAGGAAAAUAUUCUUGAUGCUCGACAAUAAGUAGGAUUAUCAUUAUGCAACGACAAUGGUUGGCAAUAGUGACCUUAUUUCACAUUUAUUCCGCAG